AUGCCACCACGACGACGCCCACAAUUCACUCAAGAGAGUAUUGACCAGCAGCUGCAGCAGAUUCACCUGCUCGACCCUUCUUCGUCUUCAGAGAACUUGGAACAACUAGGGCCGAUUAUCAAACAGAUCCACACAAGCAAGCAACAAGAAGCAUACUUGCGCACUAUACAAGGUCUCAUUGAAUCUAAAGAUGCUGAAAUAGAGAAGAUAUGCGCGGACAACUACCAGGACUUUAUAUCCUCGGUAUCGACCAUGUUCACAGUCAAGGCAUACACGGAUAAAAUGAAAGAGAAUAUUGCCGGCUUGGAUGCCAAUGUUUCUCAACUUGGCCGGGGCUUGGUGGACAAGAAACGGACACUGCUGCGGACGCGGAAGACUGCAGCCAACUUGGACGAGGGGAUUGACUCAUUGCAGGCUUGCUUAAGAGUUCUUGAUGUGGUCAACCGCGUUGGAGAGAUGGUGCAGGCGGGAAAAUACUGGAGCGCAUUGCGCUCGCUUGAGGAUAUCGAAAGUAUGCCACCAACUUCACUCUCACAAACACCAUUCUUCCAACAUCUACUGUCUUCGCUACCGUCGUUGCGUACUCAGAUUAAGGAUGCUGUUACGGCGUCGGUGAAGCAAUGGCUACUAGAAAUACGCAACAUAAGCGCUGAGGUCGGACGGCUUGCGAUGGAUGCAAUGGACGCUCGUAACCGACGGUGGAAAGCACGCCGUGACAGGGACCCAUUGUUGCAAACAGUGCGCGUAGGUAGUGCUGUCGAGCUAGUCACGUACGAGAAGACAGAAUUCAACGUUCUGGACAACGAGCACAUUACUGUCGACUUUAAGCCACUAUAUGAAUGUAUCCAUAUCUAUUCUACCCUCAAUUCCCUCGAUGACCUGAGAAGAUCGUAUCAGGCAGACCGAAAGGCCCAAUCAGAUCUCAUCCUCCCGAACCCGCUUCCAUUACCUCUAUUACAAUCCCUGACGCAAGAAAUAUCUGGGUUUUUCUUGAUUGAGACGCGAGUCUUGGACACAACAGAUAAUUUCCGAUCUGAAAGAGACGUAGAGGAACUCUGGGAAGCUGUCGUUUCGCGUCUAUCAAUAGGCGUGGAUAAUGCCCUCCAAGUCGAGACCGACCCCGGCGCAUUUCUCCAGGCAAAGGAAUAUCUGACAAGCUUCAUGGCCACGCUCGAGUCCCCAAUUUACCAGACGAACUCGAUGAGCGCCUUCCUUCUCCUUCUCUUUGAAAAAUAUGCUUUGCUCCUCGAGAAGCAGUUUAGCCGGCGUUUCGAGAAUAUCGUUCUUCAAGAUGACCAUCUGCCGUUACAAGCUGAGACUUCACAGGAAGUUGAUUCAGUAUUGGACGUAGUAUGGCUCGGAGAAGAGGAGAAAGACCUCCUUAAGCAAACCCCAGUACCCCUCGUCUUCCCUUGGUCACAGACGUUCUAUCUCUGUUGCCAAGAUAUCAGGUCUUUUAUUCAGAAGUUCUAUCAAUUCAUCGAAGGAAUUUCACAGACGGGAAGGAAUGACGAGCUACUAUGUAAAUCACUUGACGCGCUUCUCAGCAACUAUGUUAGCAAAUGCAUAGGGCAAAGACUGGCAGGCACAACGACGCUCUCGCAGAUAGCGCAGAUAAUAACGAACUUGGAAUACUUCCAAGCGGCGUGUCCGAGCAUAGAGACGUUUUUGACCAAUUCACGAGGCUGCCCGAUGAAGCUCUCGGCCACAAGCUCCUUCCAAACGACGCUCACUCGGGCUCUCGAACGUAUAACGGGAUUGAUCACCUCCAAACUGGACGACUUCUUCGAGCUCUCAGAGUAUGACUGGACGCCUCGCCACCGGGAAGACACACCAAGCAUGUAUCUAUACGAACUCAUCAACUGGCUCACGACGGUGGUAGACUCGUUAGUGAUCAAGGAGGACUACAAGGACGAAGCGUACAAGGGAGCUGUCGCAUAUAUUGCUGAAUGUCUCAUGGAUUUCUUGACUGGGCGCAAUGUAGCAGUCAUGAACGAGAGCGCGAUAUCUAAUAUCCUGGUUGAUGUCGAUUUCCUCGAGAACGAGCUCAAGCGAAUCGGUCGCGCACACCUUUGCUCUGUCUUCACUGAGCUACGUCUGACCACAUCGAUUCCACUGGAGAACGCCGUGCAAGACUUCCUAAUCCCGGCCAAUCGCAUGAAAUCUUACAGUGUGGUUCGCCCAAAGCGUCUACAGGCCUUGCUGGAAAAGCUUGCCAAGUAUGGCACCACACAGCGUGAUGCUGGCAUGCGAGAACUGGCGGAAAGGCGAAGAAAGGAAGCAGAUGCUGUAGGACGGAUAUUCCCGGGGGAACUCCGUUGA